AUGAGUCGCCCAAAGAAGGGCGAUAGUACGGCUGACCAAAUAAAGAUAGCGACUCAACUUCGUGGAACAAUCAUGCCAAUAAAGAAGCGUGCACGUGCUGAAAAGGCUCGAGCAAUUACAGAUGGAGAAAGAAAAUUCGAAGUUUUCCGUUAUUUGCGUCGUGUGCGUGCUGAUAAACGUUUAAAAGGGGCACGUGAAAAGAAAGCUCGUGAAAUAGUCGAAGAAAAUGUUACUGUUGGAGGGCGUCGUUAA